GUCAACGUGGUCAAGCUCCCUUGCAGAAGGUCAGAAGCUCAGUUCUCCAUCACCAUGGUCGAUGAUGAUUCAAACGAGAAGACAACCACCAUACGCAUUCUAUGUCGCAAACUUGUGCUGAUCACAAAAACCGAAUCAGGCAUACAAUGGUUGAUCGGUUCACCGUUUCUCCCUACCUUCACCAUCAUCUCAACCUUCAGAUGCAUUCACACCCUUCCGUCCGAUCCUCUCUCUCCAGAUUUCUCCAAGGAAUCAGAUGAUAUUCAGGCAUUGUUACCCAGGGGAUUUGAGGUAAUUGGAGCUUUGAUUGUUGGUGCCAGCAACUUGAAUGUUGAAGGGUGUGCCCGAGAUGCCAUAGACGCCUCAGGUCUAAUGAGGAAGGCACUUUCACAGUCGGAAACUCAUGGUUUAGUUGGAGCUGUUGUGGAUCCAAGCUCUGGAGACAUUCGUUUUUUUAUAUCGAACUCUGUAUUUGAAUCGGCCACUUCAGUUGUGUAUGAAGACCAGCCUCAGAAGUAUGUUUGGGAGAGAAGUUGUGUACUGAGCUGCGAGCUUCCGAUCAAGUUACCAGUGUAUUAUUCUCUGAAGGAUCCAAAAGAUGCAGAAGACAUGCUAACACGUGCAACUGAGGCCGUUGCUUCUAAACUUAGAGACGUUAAAACUACUUACAUGCUAGAAACCCUUGAUGGAUCCGUCACCAAAGCACCACAGCCGGUCAUUAUUUGGAACAGUGAAUUGGGUCUCCCAUCAGACUUCACUUUUGGAACGCCUUCAGAUAAUACUUCUCAAGAAUCUAAUGCAAAAUCUUUAUCGUGCUCGCACUUUUUCUCUGAAGAUAGGAACCACAAAUCUUGUUCAGUAGAGAAUGCAGAUAAAAUCCAUGUAACCUUCUUACUUGCUACCUCAGGAGCCUCUAUAAAACCCACUGCCCCAUUUGCCGAAUAUAUUCCAGGUGAAGCUAAGCUCCUGGUUGUCGACUAUAAACUGAAAGUUAUCUGUUAUGCGGCAAAGGAUCUUCAUUUGACGGAUGCAGUUUCAAAAUUGAUUAUUCCGGGGUUAGUUGACCAGUUACGUUCUAUGAAAAACAUGACCUUAUCAAAUAUAUUAUCACAGCACCCAAAGCUACAUCCAUAUCACUUCAAUCCUCCAGGAUAUCUACAUCCAAUAACUGCCAUUUAUGAAUCACAUUAUGGCGAGACAGAAAUGAAGCAAGUUGAAAUCAGAAGAGCUCUUCACUUGAGGUUGGGAUUACCUUUAGACCGUCCUCUUCUAAGAAUUGCUAGUGCCAUGAACUUCUCAAUUCCAAAGGAAGGUGCAAGCGGCAACAUUUUACGAAAGGGAAUUCCUUUGCUCAAGGAUGUACACAUGGGGAUCCCAAAUAGUGGAGUUCAAGGUGGAAUUGUAUCUUUGGUUCAAGGUUCUUAUGAGUACCAUCAUUACCUUCAAGAUGGUUUUGAUGACUCGGGCUGGGGUUGUGCUUACCGCUCUCUUCAAACCAUAGUUUCAUGGUUUAAAAUCCAACAGUACACGUCUAUUGGUGUUCCUUCACACAGGGAAAUACAACAAUCACUUGUGGAAAUCGGAGAUAAAGGCCCUUCGUUUGUCGGGUCACAUGAGUGGAUUGGUGCCAUUGAACUAAGCUUUGUUUUGGACAAGCUACUUGGUGUAAGCUGCAAGGUCAUAAAUGUGAGAUCCGGAGAUGAAUUACCCGAAAAAUGUAGAGAACUUGCGAUGCAUUUUGAGACCCAAGGAACACCCAUCAUGAUCGGUGGCGGUGUUCUUGCGUAUACCCUUCUCGGAGUCGAUUAUAAUGAAGCAAGCGGAGAUUGUGCGUUUCUAAUACUCGACCCUCACUAUACGGGCAACGAUGAUCUAAAGAAAAUAGUGAACGGUGGAUGGUGUGGAUGGAAGAAAGCCGUUGACAGCAAGGGGAAACAUUUCUUCUUGCACAAUAAGUUCUACAAUCUCUUGCUCCCACAAAGGCCAAACAUGGUCUGAUUUUAAGCAUACCGAUAUGAUUAGGGCACUAGUAACCCUAAAGAUAAAAAAAAACACUUUUCGAUGGUACAACGGUGUGUAAACUAGUCGGUGUUCUUGACGGAAUACCGACGGUCGGGAAUGUUUUCGCUUGCUUUUUGGGAAAUGACGUUUUUAGCCCUGCACCAGGGGUGAGGGACCUUCUUGGAAACGGUCUUUUUUUCGGUCACAGAUGUAAGGUCUGGGUACCUCUCAUGAUCCCGUCUUCAAGUAGGAUAUACUACAAGUGUGCAAUACGCAACAUCAACCAACGGAAAAACGUAGUCACGGACUGUGCUAAAUAUUGAUGUUAAAAAGAUGACCUUUUUUAUCAUUUUGGUUUAUUAAAACAUUUGGUC